AUGCCACCCGCCCGGGGAAACGGUGCAGAUCUCCGCCGCGAGAUCCGGGAGUUGAGGCAACAGCUUGCCAAUUUCCAUGAUCCGAUCCUCCACGAGGAUAUCGGCGAGUUGAGGGAGCUGGUGGAAGGUUUCCAAAAAGCCUUCGAGCCACUUUUCGCUCUCGGCUCAACUGUCAAGGCCCGCGUCUCGUUCCUGGAACAGGGCCGCGAGAUAGAUCAUGUCAACUUUAUGAGUGCCGUGCUGCUCUCGAAAAACGCGGUGCAAGCGACUGAUAUGCUCAAGACCGAAUAUGAGCAGCUGCGUCGUCUGGUUCAGCGCCUCCUCGUUCCAGCAUUAGGAUCAGCACCAGCACCAGCACCACCACAGCCACCUCUCCAGGAGACACAGGCCUCCGAUCAACCAAGCGCGGUGUCCGGCCCUGUUUCGCCACAGGGUUGGCUGCCUCCCGGAGCGCCACCACAGCUCAUUUAUCUUGGUCGGGCUCUUGACCAGUCAGACCUGACCAUCGUGCACUCGUGGUACCGGCGACUUGGGGCUGGCGUGGUGGCCCAAGGCCGCUAUAAUGCAGAAGAAUACCGACGCGAUGUCAACGGCCGCACUCGCGUCGAGAUCCGUGAUGGCGCGCCUCCUGGCUUCCUCCACGGAUGGACGCUGACCCGCACGGAUGAUACCUUCGGGUACUUCGUUCCGGAAGCGACGGGCCCAGGGUGGCCCGCUCAACUCAAAUUGCACCACAAUGCGGAAAAGGACAUUUUCAUUGCCGCCAUCGUCCAUGAGAAUGUCGGCCCGCGGCCAAGCCAAGAUCCCAAUGUCUUGCAGUCUUUCCAUCCUCAAGACGUCACUGAAGCGUUCAAUGUGUUGUCUCUCUUCUGGGAGAAAGCUUCUGGACUUCCCCAGACCCCCGACCUAGUGCGUGGGGCCAGAGCCGUUGUCGCCAUCAGCGACGAGUUCCGCAAACACUGGGAAGCGGCUUCGGAAACCAUUGCUCAAAGCGUUACAGACCACUUCCAUCAGAAGACACUUACAGACAUGCUGCAAGACGAGAGGAACAUCCGUACCGCUGUGGAAAACAUCGUCGAACAGCGCGCUACGGAAGAGGACUUGCGGCAAAACCUAGAGCUUUUGCUGCAAGCCUCACAGCCAAACUGGGAGCAGACCCAGUAUGUGCUGCGUGGCAUUAUCAGCCACGAGCUGUCAGACGGCCAAUCGGUCAACACCGAUGUGGUCGAAAUGUUUCGAAAUCCCUUUGUCAGAGACCUGUUGGUGUAUGGUAAUGCGGCGAGCGACGGUGCUGGCACUGCUGGGGAAAACUAG